CUCAUAUUAGACCACUUCAUUGGACUCUCUAAAACUCAGAAGAUCGAAAGAUCAACAAAAUCCUUGGGUUUGUUUCACACUACAUAAUAAUCAUGGUGAGGAUUUGUACUCUAUGUGACGGUGCCUUGAAAGUUGGAGAUGGUAAUGCCAUUUUCUCUGCAGAAUGCUCACAUUCCUUUCAUUUCAAUUGCAUUGCUUCAUACGUGAAGUAUGGAAACCGCAUUUGUCCAACUUGUGCUGCUAAAUGGAAGGAUAUUCCUUUCACUAGCCCUCCAAAUCCAACCAGUGGACAGGCGACAUUUCAACUCAACUGGCCAUCUCAACUCAAUUCCACACCAGCACCACCAUGGCCUUGUAUUCCUUUGCUAAGAAAAUCUACAUCAAAAUUCCCAUCUUCUGAGCCAUCAUCUGUCUUCAAUGACGAUGAUCCCUUAAUAAACCAAUACCGUGUUUCUUCUAAUGAUAUUUCGAUCAUCAGGUUCAUAGAUAUCAAUACACACACUGAAUUUCCAGCUGUUCAGCGAUCAUUUUCGCAAGAAAACUUCCAUAUACUGAUCAAUCUCAAAGCUCAUGUUACCGAUAUAAAUCAAGUUCAUAGUCGCAUGUCCCAAACUGGUCUUCUCAGUGUAGUUGUGCAAGAUUUGCGAGUACAUGUUCACUCGCUUGACCCUUGUCUUUUUCUUAGUCAACUAAAAGCAGGGUGUUAUUCCACUUAUUUGACAGAUGAUUACCAAACAGGAUCUGUUGACAUCGGAGAUUUGUAUGCGGAUGAAGAGAGGGAUUUUCUUGUUCUAGUUAACAUUCCAGUUGUAGCAGGUGGAAAUUCCGAUGAUCAGAUGGAGUUUGUUAGUGUUUGGUGCGACUACAAAGAUCCUUUCACCAAAGCAUCUAUUACUACUGAAGCUAUAGAAGUAGAACUUCAGAGACCCGAAAUCGUUAAUGAAGAAGAUAUGGUUGUAUCUAUAGAAGUUGAUAGGCAGAAGAAUCGGUUUCGGGUUGCUCAUGCAAUGAGUAAUUCGCGUGCUGCUGCUGAGAGAGGGGAUAUGCUCACUGCGUGGUCUAUAAUUGAUGAUUGUAGGAUGCGGAUAUCAGAAACUGCAUCUAUGCAUGCUGGUGACAAAUUUUCUGUUGAUUUAGAUUUAGAGCUCCAAGAGGCACGAUCAAGGAUGGGAAACAGGAAAUCAUAUGAGUCAACGGGAAGGGAUAUCUACUUUCAGGACUAAGUUCACAUGCGAGGCAAAAGGCUACAGCUCGAGGAGAUUCUACUGUGAGUUCAAGCUACCAGACGCCUUCCAUGAGUCAUAUGGUUAAUCGGUCUCGUACAUCUCUUUGAAAAUUCCUCCUACGAACAAUGUACACCGAAAACGGUUUAAAAAUAAAAAGCUUUGGAUUAGUUGAAA